AUGUAAACCCCCGCCCCCCCAACCCCGGGGCUAUGCGGGGAUUAGCGGGGCAUUAGCAGUUUAUUAUUGCCCCUAUGAGCGGGGCAUUUGCUUCGUUUAGAUCUUCGUUUAGAAUACCGGGGCUUUUGGCGGGGAUUUGACACCAUGGAUUUCAUGUAUAUACUUCAUCUUGCCCUCAUUAUACUGGCUUCGACUCAGCACAUGUGAUUUUUUUUGAUAUUUUGAUCUUUCUAUAUUCGCUUUAAAAGUUUUUAUAAACACAUACGUUGGUAAGUUGUUUUUAUUGUUUAUAUAUAUAUAUUCAUAUAGAUAUUUAAUAUAGAAUUCGUAUUAAAGCAAAUAAAGGCAGUGCUAUAUAGACAUGAAAAUUUGAAUAUUAAACAAUGCAUUGAUGAUUGAUUUGUUAAUGAAAGCCUUGAAGGGCGAUUUAUAUAAAAUAUUCAUGAUUUAUUAUUAUAACUACUGCAAUGGCAAGAAAAACACAAAAACAAUUCUUCACUUUUAGUAAAUUCUCUUUUUGAUACUUGUAUUGUAGCAUUGCAGUUUAAUAUUUUGUUUUAUCUUUUAUAUUAAAUAUGUAUAGAUUGGAAUACAAUGUCACUAAGGCCGUUUAAAGUAUGGAAUUGUUCCAGAACUGUGAAGAAGACUGUGGUGGCAUCUUCAUUAGAAAUGUUGAUUGGGAAAGGCGCUGAGAAGUUAGAGCUUCAAACGAAAAAUGGGGUAAAGGUAAUGCUUGAAGAGGAUGGUUCGGAGGUCGACAAAGAAUAUUUUGCAUUCCUUUCGCAAAAUACAGUAUUGCAGCUGCUAGCCAUUGAUGAGAAAUGGGAAAGUGCUGAAGUAACAAAAAAUCAGUCAGUGAAGUUUGCAGUGAGUGAUGUACGGAAAGAGACUGUGUCAACCUUUAAUGUGAAAUCCAGACAGAAGACUCUCACUAGUACUGGGGCACUUGGACCACCCUUGUCUCUUUCUUGCGAAACACCAAAAACUGUGACUUUGCCAGUGGACACUGGUACACUAAAAGACCGGGCAAAAAUCUACUCACUCAAAGACACAAACGAGAAGUUAUAUAAUUAUCAUAAAGCAAUAAAUGAAGCUGCGUAUCAAAUAGCAUUAGAAGACCCGAUGAUUGUAGGGAACAAAACAGAGUUAAAUAAACUUGCAGUAGCAAAACUCGAUAUUGAUGGAUACUCCUACCGCAAAAAGAAGUCAAGAUCAAAACAAUUAAAUCCUGACGUAGACACACCAAAGCGAGCCAAGCUUCAGAGCGAUUUUCGUGCAAGUAGAAUAAAAGAAGUAAGUGAAGAUUUGAAAGAGGUUGAUAAGCAAGUACAGCUGUGUACAAAACAACGGGAUAGGUACAGCAAUAGUCAAGAGUUUAGUUCAGCUAUUGCCAUCUCUGAAAAGAUAGAAGGUUUGCAGGGAAGGAAGAGAAAGCUCCAAACAGAGCUUACAAUGCUCCAGCGUAAAGAAGCUAGAUCUCAAAAGUACCACAGUGGCAAGAAAGUGUGUCGUUCUAAUGAGACUUGCUCAGCUACCGUAACUUUAGAAUCGUCUGCGAAUAAUUUUGUAACAAGGGGUAACAAGAAUAGCAUAUCCGUGUUCUUCACACCUGCAAAGAAAGAUAGUAAGACGAAAGAAGCAGAAGCAAGCACAGUGACGACAGUGGAAGAUAGUGAUGAUUCCAUUUCUGAAGGAAAUUUCGUACCUGAUGAAACAACAGUCCAAGACGAAAACACACGACAAGAAGAAGCAACCCCAGUGUCGACAAUGAGAGAAAGAGAUGGUGAAAUUUCUGCAGGAAAUGUCGAAAAUGGUGAAACAACGGUCCAAGAAGAUGACGCAACCGCGACGUCAGCGAUGGGAGCUAAUAUGCAGAUAUCUUUUUUAGUUCAACCAAUGCUCUGAAACAGUUUGCAUCUCCAGUGAAUACUGAAUCAGAGCAUAAUAAUUCAAAAGAAUUGGAGGGCAAAUUGAAUGACAGCUCUAUGUAUAAUCGUUAUGUUAAUUUGAAAAGUUCUGGUUUAAGUGACAUGACGAAGUGUAAAGUGGCAGAUGGCAUUUAUGUAUCGUUGGUUGAAGAAAUGACGCUGCAGGACUUCAUUGCAGUUAGAAAAUUAUAUUGUGAAAAAACCCACGAAAAACAAUGCACUGAGUGCAAAAACCUAAUUAUUGCUGCUGAGGAAAUUGUUAAAUGCGUUGUUGUUGAUCUAAAGUCUUUGUGUUCAAGUCAUUUUAAACUAUCAUUAUACAGAAGCGAUAAAGCAGUCAGGCGGAUCAUGCAGUUGCCAGUGGUGGUAAUAAGACUAUGUCUUAAUGGUCCUGGUUCUCAAAAACUCUACGUAACAGAGAAAAUGAAGGGUGUGGAAUACU